GUGAAAAAAGUUUGCAAUAGAUGUGUGAAAAUGCCGAAACUUAAAUAUGUGAUAAUUGUGGUAUCAGUAUUUUUUUUACCAUUUAUUUGUGGAAAAUCAGAACAAGGAAAAACUGAUUCUGUCUUAAGUAAAAAAGCAAAUACUGCUAAAGCUGAAAAGACCUUAUUUGCUGGUUCACAAAUAUUUGUACAAAUUACCUGUGAAAAGAAUAGUGAUUUUCUUGAAAUAUAUUGGACUUUGUCUAAACGUAGAUGUUGGGAAGAUGAAUCAAAUAUGGAAUACCAAGCGCCUCAGUCAAUCGUUUUUAGUGGGAAUGAAACAAUAACAUCGAACAAAAUGAAAGUAAAAUGUGUAGAAGGACAGCAUAUAAUCUUAGAUUCGCUUUUGCCAGAAGAAAAACCUAGUGCUGGAAAUGAAAAAAAGAAGCCUACAAUACAAAUUGGCGAUAAAAUUGAUAAACCUGUUUAUACAGUUUUGAAUGACGGAAUUUACGAUUUUGUGUUAUAUAUCGAGUCAGGAGGUGAAUUUCAAACACCAGUACAUAUAGAAAUUCGUGGACCGCAUGGUUAUUUGUCUGCAGUAGAGUGGCCUCUAUUACCAUUUUACGGUAUAAUGUGCUUGGUUUAUGUGAUUCUUGGUAUUACAUGGCUAAUUGUGUCUUUCGCCCAAUGGAGAGAUCUUUUAAGAAUACAAUUUUGGAUUGGUGGAGUUAUAUUACUCGGAAUGUUAGAAAAAGCAGUCUUUUACGCAGAAUAUCAAAGUGUAAACUCUACAGGGAUAUCAGUACAAGGAGCAGAGCUUGCUGCAGAAAUUGUGUCUUGUGCUAAAAGAACACUAGCUAGAAUGCUAGUAAUCAUAAUGUCAUUAGGUUUCGGUAUAGUCAAACCCAGGUUGGGACCAAUGUUACAUCGUGUUGUGGGAACAGGGGCGUUGUAUUUCAUUUUAGCAUGCGUGGAAAGUUAUUUGAGAGUUAUGAGGACAAAAAAUAAUCAAAGGCAUGAGUUGCUUGUUGCAAGUAUACCGCUAGCUGUUUUGGAUUCAGGGAUCUGUUGGUGGAUAUUCACGUCCUUAGUUCAAACAACAAGAACACUUAGGUUAAGAAGGAAUACUGUAAAACUUUCUUUAUAUCGACAUUUCACAAAUACAUUAAUAUUUUCUGUACUAGCAUCAGUAGUUUUUAUGUUGUAUUCAAUAAAAGCUCAUAAAUUGGAAAAUUGUUCACCGUAUUGGCGUGAUAUUUGGGUUGAUAUAGCAUUCUGGCAUGUUUUGUUCUCAGUUCUUCUAUUAGUGAUUAUGAUAUUGUGGAGGCCAACAAAUAAUAAUCAAAGAUAUGCUUUUACACCACUAUUAGAUAACCCAGAAGACGAAGACGAAGAAGAAGAACAAUUUGUUUCGGAUGCAUAUGGGGUAAAAAUGCGCGGAGCAAAUGUCAAUACACCAAAAACACCACCACCAAAAACUACAACAACAGAAGAAGAUGAUCUUAGAUGGGUAGAAGAAAAUAUUCCAUCUGCUAUUCAAGAACCAACCUUACCAGUUUUAGAUUCCGAUGAAGAAAUAUUAAAUACCAAAUUUGAAGUUUCCAAAAUGCAAUAAGUUUUUAGAAGUCUGACGACAGUUACAUAUACAUACUUAGUUCAAUAAAUCUUAUUUCGAAAUUAAUUUUAAAAUUAUUUAAUUUCUAUGUUUCUUAUAACUAAAGAAAUAUAGAGAAAGGAAUUAAUGACGAUAUCAAUUAAUUUAAUGAAUGACAAAUUGUUUCUAUUUUUUUAUCAUUUUCAUUUUGCAAAAUGUACCAAUUUUCUUAUAUUUUAUUUACUUUCUUUACAUUUUUGCGAAGUAGGAUAAGAGUAAAAUUAUAUUAAACAAAAUAAAACUGUAAAAAUAUUAGCUUUGUUUAUAUUUUUAUUUACAUAAUUAUAUUGCUGUUC